UAUUAAAUGUCCCAAUUCUUACAACCAACCAUCUUAUUAUUGAGAGAAGGCACAGACACCUCAUAAGGUAGAGCUUAAAUAGUGUCUAACAUCAAUGCUGUGUAGGCUGUGGCUGAUGUGGUUAAAAGCACUCUUGGCCCAAGAGGAAUGGAUAAAAUGAUUCAGACAGGUCCAAAGGUGACCAUUUCUAAUGAUGGAGCAACAAUUCUAAAUUUAUUAGAGGUUGUCCAUCCAGCUGCUAGAGUGUUGGUCGACAUUGCCAAAUCCCAAGAUGAUGAAGUUGGUGAUGGUACAACAUCCACUACAUUGUUGGCUGCAGAAUUGUUAAAAGAAGCCAAGCCAUUUAUUGAAGAGGGAAUCCAUCCACAAAUAGUGAUCUAAGGAUAUAGAAAGGCUUUGGAAUUGGCAUUAGAAAAGUUAGAGGGAUUCUCAAUAAAUAUUUCUCGAGAUUCUCCAUAAGAGAAGAGAGACACCUUAUUGAAAUGUGCUCAGACAGCUUUGAAUUCAAAAUUAGUAUAAUAAUAAUUAAUAUUAAUUAGUUAGCCAAUACUAAAUAAUUCUUUAGUGAAUUGGUGGUAUCAGCAGUGGAGAAGUUGGACCCAAAUAUUUUGGAUAGAGAUUUGAUUGGAAUCAAGAAUGUCACAGGAGGAAGUGUAACUGAUUCAUUUUUGGUUGAUGGAGUUGCAUUCAAGAAGACCUUUUCAUAUGCUGGAUUUGAACAAUAGCCAAAGAGAUUUGAAAAUCCAAAGAUCUGUUUAUUAAAUUUGGAAUUAGAACUCAAAAGUGAAAAGGAAAAUGCAGAAAUCAGAAUUGAAAAACCAGAAGAAUAUCAAUAAAUUGUAGAUGCUGAAUGGGCAUUGAUCUAUGAGAAAUUAGAAAUCAUCGUUAAAGCAGGAGCCCAAAUCGUAUUAUCUAAACUUCCUAUUGGAGAUUUGGCUACACAAUAUUUUGCUGACAGGAACAUCUUUUGCGCUGGAAGAGUUCCUUAAGAAGAUCUUCUUAGAGUUUAAAAAGUAAUUAAAUCAUAUAUUCAAAUCAGGCUACUGGAGGUCAAGUCUAAACAACUGUCAAUGGUCUAAAUCCUGAGACUUUUGGAACUUGUGGAUUGUUCGAAGAAGUUUAAGUUGGUGCAGAAAGAUAUAACUUAUUUAAAAAUUGUCCAUAAGUAUUUUAAUCAAAAACUAUAAAACUUAGUCUAGAACAGCAACCAUAGUAUUGAGAGGUGGAGCUGAAUAAUUCAUUUAAGAGGCUGAGAGAUCCUUGAAUGAUGCUAUUAUGAUUGUCAGAAGAUGUUUCAAAGCCAACAAAAUUGUAGCUGGAGGUGGUGCUAUUGAAUUGGAAUUGUCUAGAUAUCUUAGACAUUAUGCUAGAUCUGUGACUGGCAAGACUUAAUACAUUGUGAAUUCAUAUGCUAAAGCAUUAGAGGUUAUUCCAAGAACCAUUGCUGAAAAUGCAGGAUUAAACUCAAUUGAAAUUAUGAAUAAACUUAGAUAAAGACAUGCUCAAGGUGGAGAGGAAGGUAGAUGGUAUGGAGUCGAUAUCAAUGGAGCAUCUGGAGUUUGUGACACCCACUCUUCUUUUGUUUGGGAACCCAGUCUAGUCAAAAGAAAUGCUCUUUGUUCAGCAACCGAGGUUUUUAUUCACAUUUAUUUGAAAGGCUGCUUGCGCAAUUUUAUCUAUUGAUGAAACAGUUAAAAAUCCAAAAUCUGAUUAAGAUACAAAAAUGAAACCUAAAGGAUAACCAGGUAGACCACCCAUGGGAAUGAGAAGAUGAAGGUCAUAUAUUAAAAUAACAUAUAUAAAUAUGAAUUGUGU